AUGAAGACGCGGAGUGACCCGGUUGACCCGGUGUACUCGAUCCACGAGUUGACCGAGUCGCCGCUCUUGAGCUCGAUGCCGGCGUCCCCAAGAUCGCGGGCCUGGGCUGAGACCAUCGAGCCCAGGUCAAGGCCCACGUGGUUGCCGUUGAUGUCCUCGAAGGCCACUGUCGAACUCCACGGCGACGACGCCGCCGCGGGGGCCGGAGGCGGCGUCGGUGACGCCGAGGAAUCCACCUGCGGCGCCGACGUAGUCGGCGUCCGGCGAGAUGACGAAGGCCAGGCCGCCGCCGGCGGAGGAGGAGGGGUUCGGGCUGGAGAUGGAGAAAGUGAAGAAGGUGGAGAAGUCCGCCGGGAGGAGGAUUCCCGGAUGCAGGAGCUCGAUGGGGUCGGCGUAGAGGACGCGCCCGACGGCGGAGUCAGGGACGACGGCAGGGCGCGUGACCUCCACGCAGCUUCCGUUGGCCACGCUGGCGGCGCCGAGCUGGAGACGCCGAGCGUGCCCAGGUCGAAUUCGGUGUCCGCCGAGGCGCCGCCGGAGAGAAUUGAGAUCAGAACGGAGAGGACCGAGAUGAAAGAAACCCCAUCGGAAAGUGACGUCAUGGUGGAUCAAUUGGGGACCGGAGGCUCGCAGCCCAUCGGAAAACGAUUUGAGGGCGUGUUUGAUAGUGAGAGAAAUUGGAAAGGGGAUGGAGAAAAGUGGGAAUAA